AUGUCUACAUCGAAUGCGUGGCUCGCGAGACAGCGCAAAAGCGAUCUCGUCGAGCUCGCCGAGCUUGUUAACCUUCAAGGCUACGAAGGACAGAAGAAGGCCGAUUUGGAAGUGACUCUUCGACGAGUUCCUUCGCCCGAGCACGAGGGCAAGUGGGCGACCGAGCCGCGCCUCACCCCCUACUACAACAAGCCGCGCCAGGGCAGCCGGCUCACCCACCAAGCGAGAUCUGCCCAAGGAUGCCCAAGGAUGACGCCGCUGAAGGUUUUUCAGGGCGCCGCCGCGACGCGAGCGGCCUUUGCUGAGCUCCUCCGGCCCGACUCGGAACCCGACGUGGGAGAGCGAUCCCGCGAGAGCCCUCGUCGCGCGCACCCCAGCCCCGCGCUCUCGCCCUUGCCAGCCGCAUCCCCGCUGCCCGCGACGCCGGCUGAGGUGGCCGAGGUCGUCGAUCGCGGUACCGUCGCGGUGCGCGAGCGCGUAUCGUCCAUCUACCAGGAGUCCGGCAUCACGGAGCGCACACUGGCUGUGCGCGAGUCGCUGUCGACGGUCACUGCCAUCAUCUUCACCAUUGCGGCAUUUGAGCUCUGGUGCCUCAAGCGCGAGGUGCUGCCCAACGUCCGGCCGACGGUGCGCCGGGGCCGCUCGGCAGCCAACGCCGAGCCCGACUACAACGUGGACCCGCUUGUUUUCAGCAUCAUCAAGGCUCUCGCAUCGUUCCUGGUGCUCGGCCAGCGCGUGACGCUCGGUCUCGUCGAGACGGACUCGAUAGACCGCAUCAACUCGGCCCUCUAUGGCGGGUGGCAGGGCGUGCUGACAGGCGCCGCCAUCACUGGCCUCGUCAGCGUGUACGACGCUGUUUUGAGGAAGUAA